ACACAGAAAAAAUGCGAGCGUAGAAAAAGGGAACGCAAAGAAAAUAGCAAGAAAACGGAAUUGUGAGAAAAAUACGUUUUCUGUACCUGCGUUCAGUACGGUUGACAAGUUGUUUUUAGUGGAAAAUCAUCGGAAAAAAGUAAUUUUUCUGUGCUCGUGCUCAGUGAAAGUGGCAAACUUUCGCGCAGCGGCGUAAUCUUGAGUUGAACGAAAAUCGAAUGAUUGCCUCGGUUCCAAAAUGAUAAGCCAGGUAACCGUGGAAGCGCUUCAUUCGGCCACCUACGUAGAAAAUUAUUUGGAUUCUGUCGAAAACUUGCCCGACGAUGUACAAAGACACCUGUCCCGGAUACGGGAGAUUGAUGUGUUAUAUCGGAACCAUCUGCGAGAUGUUAGUGUUUAUUAUGACCAGUGGAGCAGCAUGAAUGGGUCCUCCUCGGGGCAGCUGAACGGUGGCGCUGGUAGCGGAGGAGGUGGUGCUGGGAGUGACUCUUCCCAACCUUCUACGACGGAACCGAGUAACGCUUCCAAGAGAGUCAUGGUUCGAAUUCAGCAGGGCUUGAUUGCGGCUCAGGAGCUGGGUGAUGAAAAACUGCAAAUUGUGCAACAGUUGCAGGAUUUAAUUGACCACAAGACGCGUCAGCUGGAUCAAGAUUUCAAGAAUUUGGGCAGCGAUUUCUUUUCCAGAUUGGAUUACAACCGAGAGGAAAAACUAACCGAGGGUCAACAAAAGGAAAUUCGAUCAACCAGUCCGAGCUCAGCAUGUUCGCCAAACAAUGUUAUCUCAUCACCAGCAGCUUAUGUUGUGAACUCCGGUAACGGGCAGAGUGCAAACGUGGGCGGUUCUAACAAUGGCAACGGAACGGGUGCUGGUUCCGGCAAUGGGAAUUACACUGGCAAUAGUGGUGUCAACAGUAACGCCAGUAAUGGCGGCGUUUCGGUAGGAAGUGCAGUUGGAAGUGGUGGAAAUGGUGGUGGCACAGGAACGGGUGCUAGCGGUGGUAAUGCAAGUACAAACGCUGGAGCUGCAGAGCGUGGUUCAAAGCGAGCUCGACGAACGAGGAACGAUCAGAAUAGUGGCAGUGCGAAUGGUUCCAGCACUCCGAAUUCCAGCUCCGGCGCUCACGGGCAAAUGGACAUUGACCCGAUUGACACUAGCAAUAUCAAGCUGGAGGCUGGUGGUAGUGCAGGAACGAAUCAAGCGUCCGGUAGCGGUGCCGGAGGAGUUUCGAGUGGCAAAGGAAACUCUGGGCAAGCGUCCGGCACUGGUGGUGGAAACAGUGGUGGUGGAGGUGGUGGCGGACAGGGCAAAAAAGGUGGAACAGGAUCGGGGAAAAAGAAGAAACGAAGGACCGGACGGGGCCAGGCACGGGAAGCUCGUGAGGAUACCCCGCCACCAGAAGAAACCAUCGAUCCUGAUGAGCCGACGUAUUGUUUGUGUGAUCAGAUCUCCUUCGGCGAGAUGAUCCUCUGUGAUAAUGAUCUGUGCCCGAUCGAAUGGUUCCACUUUAGCUGCGUCGCGCUGAUGUCCAAACCGAAGGGUAAGUGGUUCUGCCCCAACUGCCGUGGCGAUCGGCCGAACGUGAUGAAACCGAAGGCCCAAUUUCUGAAGGAACUCGAACGCUACAAUAAGGAGAAGGAGGAGAAAACCUAAACAGCUUUUUGUUUUAUUUUGAAUUCUGUUUGAUAUUUUUUUCCAUUUGCUAUAAUAAUCCCACAGUGAGCUUUUUCGGUUUUGUUUGCAAUGGUAGUCCGUUCGUGUUUUUAAACUAUUCGAUGGAAAUCGAUUGCUUUUUACCAACAACUAACACCACGAAAUUAAUUUUAUUUUCUCAAAAAUUUUAUGGAAUGAACAUUUCUAUUAGGUCGUAGAACACUGUAAGGGAUCGUUUUUUAAAGGAUCAGACUCUAUUUUUUGAACGAAUAGUUUUCUUGCUUUCAAGGAGAAAAGUUGCCACUUAAUUCUGUAUUUAUGUUUCACAAUCCAACAAUUUGCAGUUAAAAAUAAGGGACAGUUUUUAACGGAAUGUAUUUUCAUGCGAAAUGAAACACAUCUGAAACAAAACAACAAUUAACAAUCGUGUAUUGUAUUGCGGAAAAAAGUAAGAAAUAAAAUUAUUCGACUUAAAUA